CGGGCCGUGAGGGCGGUCCGUGCGGCGAUGGGGGCUGCGGGGUCUCGGUUUGUCAUGAGCCCGGGCCGGUAGGGGCUCGGGGUGUGAACUGCAGCUCUACGGGCAGUACUGUGUGACGGCUGGGUCCCAACUUUGCCUCUCCACAGCUCUGUGCUGCUUCUGCCAGCUGUGUCCAGAGCAGGGACGUUAAGAUGGUCAGAGGGCUGGAGCAGCUCGCCUGUGAACACAGGCUGAGGGAAGUGGGCUUGUUGAGCUUGGAGAAGGAAAGGCUGUGGGGAGACCUUAUGGUGGCCUUCCAGUGCUUGAAGGGUGCUUAAGUUCUUUACGGAGAGAGUGGUGAGGUGCUGGAACAGCUGCCCAGAGAGGCUGUGAUGCCCCGUCCAUCCCUGGAGGUGUUGGAGGCCAGGUUGGAUGGGGCCCUGGGCAGCCUGGGCUGCUGUGAGAUGGGGAGGUUGGUGGCCCUGCAUUGGUGGGGGGUUGGAGCUUCGUGAUCCUUGAGGUCCUUUCCAAACCAAACCAUUCUGUGAUUCUGUUUGAUGCUAUGGUGCAUAUAAACAGGAGGGGGAACGGCUGUUUGUGAGGGUGGGUGGUGACAGGACAAGGGGAAUGGUUUUAAAGUGAGACAGGGGAGGUUUGGGUUGGAUGUGAGGAGGAAGUUUUGGAGGCAGAGGGUGGUGAGGCAGUGGCACAGGUUGCCCAAGGAGGCUGUGGAUGCCCCAUCCAUCCCUGCAGGCAUUCAAGGCCAGGCUGGAUGUGGCUCUGGGCAGCCUGGGCUGCUGGUUGGCGACCUGCACACAGCAGGGCUUGGAGCUGGAUGAGCGCUGUGCUCCUUUGCAGCCCAGGCCAUUCUAUGAUUCAGGCACACCGUCCUUCAUUCAAAGCAUCAGCAGUGGAGCUGCCUGGGCAGGAGAUCCCACUCUGUCCUCACCUCCAUGGCUGCAGCUGCAUCCUUAAAGUUUGCAUCCCACAGUAAAGGAAUCCAGGCAGAGCAGCAAACCCUGAGGUGAUCACAUGGUUUGACAUCACUCUUUGCUGCUCUAUGGCAGCAGCACCAGGCACUGAGCAGGACCCUGCCCCACGUUUCUCAGCAGCAGCUCUUUGGGCUGCAGCCUGAGGUCACGCUGCAGGAUGUGACCCUGUGUUGCCCUUGGUCUGCUGAUAAUUGGCUUCAACGGGGAUUGUCUGCGAGGAGGAUUUGUCCUAGAGCCCGAGGUCCGUCAGCAUGCUCCAGGUACCGCUGCCCCUGGAUCGUGAUGGUAUCCUGUUCCGGCUCCGUUUCACCACUCUGGCUGUUUGGACUGUGUUUUGCCCCUUGUUUGGUUUCCUUUUCUGCGUGAUUUGGUCUCUGCUCUUCCACUUCAAGGAGACAACAGCCACGCACUGUGGGGUCCCAAACUACCUGCCCUCCAUCAGUGCUGCCAUCGGAGGAGAGACCCCGCAGCGCUACGUCUGGCGGCUCUGCAUUGGUCUGCACUCAGCUCCACGUUUCCUGGUGGCUGUUGCCUACUGGAACCACUACCAGAGCUGCCACUGCUCCCACCCUCGCUACCUGCGCCUCUGCCACCUCAACCUGCUGCUCAACCUGCUCGAGAACUUUGCCCUCCUCGUGUUGACCUAUGUGUCCUCCUCAGAGAACUAUGCAAUCCAUGAAAAUGCCUUCAUCGUCUUUAUCACGUCAGCUCUGGGCCACAUGCUCCUGACGUGCAUCCUCUGGAGGAUGACUAAGAAACACACAGUAAGUCCCGAGGAGCGCAAAUCCUACAAGUGGAAACAGCUGCUCUUCUUCAUCACCUUCAUCACCUUCUCCAUUGCCGUCUGUGUCUAUUUCCACCACAACUGGUACUGCAGACCUGGAGUGUACACCAUCUUUGCUUUCCUGGAGUACGUGGUGGUCUUCUCCAACAUGGCCUUCCACAUGACGGCCUUCUGGGACUUCGGCAACAAGGAGCUGGUGGUGAGCUCGAUGCUGGAGGACAAGCAUUUCUAACUGAGCGCUCCCAUGGUUUGUGCUGCCCCGUGGCGUGGGCUGGGGGCUGCAGUUGCCCCCCAUGCUGGGACCAGGAAUGGGAUUCGCUCCUCCUGGCUGCGCUCCAGUGCUCAUCAGAGCUCUGUGUGCUGCUCUGUGCCCCCGUGCCCUGGGCUGAGCUCUGCAGGUGGGAUCUCACAGCUCGGGCACCAGGGAUGCGAGGGCUGGCGAUUGCUGCCUCUUUGCAGUGGGUUGGGCAGAGCAGUUGCUGCUUGUGGUGUUGGGCCCGUUCCCUGCGUGCUGCUUUCACCCCCAGGCUGAUGGGAUUUAUGGGGGACCCUUCAUCCAAAUCCCCAGAAAGAAUCUGUGGCCUAAAAGUGGCAGCCUGCCCCACAGCUCUGGGACCGUGGGCGCUUUGCUGCAGGGCUGGGUGCAGUGCUGGGCUGGGGGUCCCAUGUCCCCAUCUAUGUGUACCCCCAUCUCCCACCCAGGUGGGGCGCACAGCCCCUCCCUGCAGCGCCUUCUGGCUUUGGAGGAUGAAAUAAAGCACUGAGGAUUUUUGGGA